UUUGUCUUAUCGUGGCUCGAGGCUUUGUCUCCUCUGCGCGUGAAAUUCUCGUUAGUGACCCUCACGAUCUCUCUCUCUCUCUCUCUCUCCUAUAACUCGGAUCACCACAUGACUCUAUCUCCUUCUCAUUUCCGUUAAACGCAGAACCAAACUCCCCUAAAGGUUCGGUCUUUUCUCCUUCUCUCUCCGAAUAGAUCCCAAAAAAAAAACACAUUUCGGAAACAAACUUCUCAAGGCCCUUGAGGGGGAAGGAGGGGGAGAGACGAGUUUGAUCUGAUUUGAUUGAUGUCUGGAGCUGUAUCUGGUUCCAGGGACAUGGGUUUCGUCGACAACAACAACAAGAAAGAUGGAGACGACGGAAACACUUCCAAAACGGCGUCGUCUCACCAACACGAGGGCACCGACGACGAGGGUGCUGGAUCCUUGGGGAGGCAAAUGAGCGAAGCCUCUCUUAGCGCUGCUGAGGAGGAAGAAGAAGAUGAUUCCAAAUUACAAUUGGGUCCUCAGUACACUAUCAAGGAACAUCUCGAGAAGGAUAAGGAUGAUGAGAGUCUGAGGAAGUGGAAAGAACAGCUUCUUGGAAGUGUUGAUGUUACCAACAUUGGAGAGACUCUUGACCCUGAAGUGAAGAUCAUUAGCCUGGCGAUCUUAUCCCCUGGAAGACCAGAUAUUGUUCUAAUGGUUCCGGAGAAUGGGAACCCAAAGGGGAUGUGGUUUACUUUGAAAGAAGGGAGCAAGUACUGUUUGAAGUUCACGUUUCAGGUUAAAAACAACAUUGUCUCUGGUCUUAGGUACACCAAUACCGUUUGGAAGACCGGUGUUAAAGUGGACAGAGGAAAGGAAAUGCUUGGAACCUUUAGUCCUCAGUCGGAGCCAUACAACCACGUGAUGCCUGAAGAGACCACUCCUUCUGGCAUGUUUGCUCGAGGAUCUUAUUCUGCUAGAACUAAGUUUCUUGAUGAUGAUAACAAGUGCUACUUGGAGAUCAACUACAGCUUCGACAUCCGUAAAGAAUGGCCUGCUGUUUAAGACUCAAGAACAAGACUCCUGAGAUGAAGUGUUCGUCAGUAGAAGUUGUGUUUGUUUUUUCACUCCCUAUCUCUUUUUUCUCGUCGUUGGACAUAUUAUCGUGAAUCGUUUUUUUUUUUUUCGGUCAUUAUUGUAGAACAAGAGCGACAUUUAUUUCCUCUUUGGUCUUGAUUUUAAGAAAGACGAUGUUUGUUCUCCAAGUCUAUUUCUCCUUCAGCCUCUUAACAUGUGUUUGAUGGAUAUGAUUGAUUGUGUCAGAUUGUAAGAUGUAUAAUAAUGAUUAAUUUGUCUC